CCAACACAACAACAACAGUCAACAUGGAGAUCUAGCCUACUCUGACAGUUGCCGGCUUGGAAAAAUGAAAAAGGGAAUUAAUGCACACUACAUCAGGACAUCUUCGGUUUCUGGUAAGAGCCACAUUACAACAAGCAAGAAGUUUAGUUAGGAAUGAGCUUUUGCCGACCAUGGAAGGAUCGUUGAGUGUCGUAUGGAGUCAGAUGAAAGAGGCAGCUAUAAAAUUUGCUCAGGCAAAUGGAAAUGCAGAGCCAAGGCUUCCACGACUUGUUGCCGUCAGUAAAACCAAACCUAUAAGCGUGAUUGCUGAGGCAUAUUCAUAUGGCCAAAGAUGUUUUGGGGAAAAUUAUGUCAAAGAAUUGGCAGAGAAAUCAAAAGCAAUCGAGGAUAAUGGUGGUUUGGAAGAGAUCCAGUGGCAUUUUAUUGGCCAUCUUCAAAAGAAUAAAGUAAAUAAUCUAUGUAGUGUUACGAAUUUAGCAUUGGUCGAAACAGUAGACUCAGUAAAGAUAGCUGAUACUUUGAAUAGGUCAUGGGGCCGAUUACAAGGUGACAGGAAAUUAAAGAUUUUUGUACAAGUCAACACAAGUGGUGAAGAAAAUAAAUAUGGUUGCAAUACUAUGGAAGAAUGCAUAGAACUAGUAAAUUACGUUCAUGCAAACUGCCCCAGUUUACAAUUUACAGGAUUGAUGACAAUCGGAGCUCUAGCAAGAAGCCACAGUACUAAUGCCAAUCAGGACUUCUUGACGUUAGUUUCUUAUCGAUCUGAAGUAUGCAAACAUUUUGCCAUUCCUACUGAAGAUGUUGAGCUGAGUAUGGGCAUGUCUGCUGAUUUUGAGGAAGCGAUCCUUGCCGGAAGUACAAAUAUAAGAGUUGGAAGUACAAUUUUUGGUCAGCGAGAAAAUCAGCACAAAUCCUAGUCUUAGGGCCUGUUCUAUUUUUAACCUUAGUUAGUCAGUUUAUUUUGAAAGAGACUUUACUUAACCCAUAAAUGAUUUAUGUAUCUUAAAAUAAAUAAUGUCCGUUUUCAAGUUAUUUAAUCCUUUAUUUAUAAAAAAUUAGACAUCGUGAUUAUCGUGGCAUUUUUUCAUUUUGGUUAGUAAUUUUUAAAUGGAAUCGAGUUUAAAUUAUUUCGACAGUUAGUGUGGCUUUAAUUUCAGCGAAUUGCAUUUUGUGUUGCCGUUUCAAAGAUUGUUACCCUUAUAUCAACAUUAUUCUAAAUUUUAUUUGAUGUUAACUAUUAUUGCGUAGAGUCAAAUUUAUAUUUUAUUUUUGUUUAAUGAAGAAUUAGAAUCUACGCUAUGCCCAAUUUGGAGACAAACAAGCAAAUCAUGAUGGUGAUUGCCUAAACGUUAUUGAAUCUCAUUUGAGCUAUUAUACGUAGAUCGUAUUUUUGUUGAAAACUGUUUGUUUUAUCACUUAUUUUGUCUGUAAGUUUUGUCACUUAUUUUGUCUUAGUCGACUAUCGUUCAUCUGUAUCAUCUUUUUGCGGUGUAUUGAUACUUCAUUUUUUAUCCCGUAACUUGAGGACCUGUUUGUCGUUAUACCCUGGUAGCAGAAUGCAUCAUUGUUAACGAAUAUAUUUGUAUUUUCUCGCU